AUGGCUGGUCCACUUUGGUUUCUCUUUUAUCUCGCAGCCUUUUAUUACACCGCUUCCGCAGAUUUACUCUCGGAAUACGCUCACUAUGCUGUUUUAGACGGAGAGGAGAAGAUGAAGCUGUUUUGGACCGUUGAUUGGGACGCUGAAACAGUUUCUUUUGCUUUGGAGGCGGAGACCACUGGAUGGGUUGGAUUUGGGUUCUCCACUGGUUCUGGACAAAUGGUUGACAGUGAUGUUGUAAUCGGAUGGGUCAAAGAUAACCAGGGUUAUCUAACGGUAAGGAUACUGUUAAAUACUUUGGUGUUGUCAAAACAUUGUUGUUGUACCGCGGCAUUCAGAAGAACGUCAAUCCUGUUUGGUUCACGUGGGCUUCAUAAAGAACAACUCGAUUGCGAAUGACGUAAUCCCCCCAAAAAAGCAAAUCAAAUCUUAAGAACAAAAGAAAUACAUUUUUAUUGAGAGCGAUAAUAGCAGUAGUACUGUUAUUAAUUUGAGACCCUUCGAUGUUCCAGGAAAGUCUUGCACUCUUGACAUUCAUCCAUAAAGUGUAUGAUGUCCUAAGGUACUGUUUGUUUCAAGGGUAAGGAUAUGAUUUUAUCCCACAAUAUUAAAUACAAUGAAUAUAUGGUCUGGUUCUGAUAUUUUUCAUGCAGCUUAAGUUCUAAGGUUUUUUUUUUUACUUUGCCCAGAAUCGAUGCAUGGCUUGCGUAACUAAUAAAUAUGGCAAUGACGCGGACAUAAAACACUUCCUAAAAGUUUCCUGCUGACUGUGCCGUGAAAUAUAUACCUAGCAAAAGAUUCGCGUUUGUUACGCGUUUACCCGGUGCGUUAGAAUGUGUCGCAAAUAAAAGUCUAAAUCCGCGAUAUAUCGAGUUAUCAUGUAGGUCCCGGCUGCAACGUAGGCUAUGGUAGCUAGUCCUGCAUAACUUUUUGUCCGGGUAUAAUUACUUUGACUGAGUGGCAUUCAUGUCAAAUGCAGCCAGUUAAACCUGGUUCGGGUUAUAGUUAAAACUAUUGUAGCCUCCCACGGUUUCGUCACGCGUUCCUGCCCCACGUGGGGUAGGAACGCGUAACGAACCAGAAAGAACGUCUGCGUGGGAGGCGUACACGUAGCGUUUAGUAUAACCCGGGGGGGGGGGGCACUCGAUAUAUCCCUGGGUGGGGAGGUGCGGCGCAGCCCCUCAUACCCUGACCCUGUUAAGACAAAUAUCGCUGAUUUUCCUACCCUGUUUAAGACAGAAUUCCGAUUUUUGAUACCCUGUUUAAGUCAACGGAAGUCAAUAUUAAUUAACAUUAGAGCUUGUCAAAAUUUUGCUGUUUAUCAUCCAAGAAAAGAUAUCCUGUUUGAGACAAAAAUUGAUAAAUCAAUACCCUGAUUAAGACAAAAAAUGAUAAAUUCGAUACCCUGUUUAAGACAAAAAUCCCGAAAAACAUACCCUGGCUGGCCGCACGUCCCCAUUAAGCCCUUAGAAGGGAGUACCCUCCCCUGGAGUAUUACCGCUUAGUAUUAGCGUUUUCUUGUGGCGUUACAGGGUUUCAACAUGUUUAGCUUGGAUCUAAAAUGUUAUUUUAACCCGCAAAGAAAAGCUUUCUUGUUAGAAAGUUGUUUUUGUCAUUUUUUUUAAACUGCUAACAAACGAGAGAGCAGUGAAAUAUCAGCCGUUCUGUAUAUAGUCAAAUGCCCCAGGGGUUAUCUCGAGCUGACAAAUCCCCCAUAAAUACCGUCCCGGUAGGAGCGCCGUUUGUAAAAAUAUUAUAAAAUGUUAUAAAUAUACCUAGUGUAGAACUUAAACUGCUGUAAUUGAACUGUCUUUAAGGUAUGAGCGUGAAAUAUGAAAUAUAAAAACCAGAACGUUUACACGACUUUUGUACAGCCAAAUAAAAAUACAGUCGACUCGCGAUAAUUCGAACCUUCAAGGGAAAUAGAAAAAAGUACGAGUUAUCGGGAGUUAGAGUUAUCGAGGAUAAAAUUAUGUAGAAAACGAUCUGAAGGGAAAUGUAAAUUGUUUCGAGUUAGCGGGAGGUUUGAGUUAUAGAGGGUUCGAGUUACCGGGAUUGGACUGUAUCUGUUAAUUAGCCUAACCAGCAAUGCGGGCGCAAAAAGGGGAGGGGGAGGGGAAGGGGAAGGGAGAAAAGCGCUACUGUUAGCCCUUCUGUAACCUACAGCCGUCUCUCCUCGCUCGUCGCCGCUAGAGACGUUUCGCAGGCUCUCUAGGCCGAGAAGGGAAGGGGCGGGGGAGACUCGUACUAUUAAAUACUGGGUCCCCUUUCCUUAACGUUUUGAUUAUAGGAUCGUUACGCUGACGCGAGAGUGCUUCCACCGGUGGAUAAACAGCAAGAUUACGAACUCAUUGGAUUUCAAGAAAGCGGCGGCAAAACUCUCCUUAAGUUUAAGAGAAAAUUUGACACGUGUGACAAUAGCGACAGAAAACUGGAGGUAAUCUAUAUUCGUCUUUUUUGUGAAUUAUUAUCUGAAUUGUGGUUCUAAAAAAUAACAUUACAACUUAAAUAAAAUAAUAUUUUUUGUGAUGAUCGUCGUGUUAAAAACUCAACUCCAAUCAGAUUCUGCGGCAUAUCUCACUCUCUAUAAACUGCGGCCUUUCUUAUACAAUCUUAUUUAUUUCAUUAAGGUUUCCUCGCCACUUACUGUACAGUAUCUUUGUUUAUUCUGAUUUUAUCAAAGCUCUUAUUCUUGUACUUAAGUGUGGCAAAUUUGAAUUGAAGGUUGAAUUAGAAGAGAAAACAGCCGUCAUUUCGCGGCGCCACCCCUGGUUUCCCCUCAAAAUGACGUCUGAGAAACGAGCAGAGAAAUUCUACACUGAUGAGGCGUUACUACCCAGAUCUUGGUAGUGCUUCUGAUUGUUUAAAGAAAAUUUCCCACGCGGCACGACCCAUCAGAAACACUACCCAAAUAUAGGUAGUGACACGUAAUCAGUAUGGAAUUUCUGCGGUCGUUUCUGAGACGUCAUUUCAAGGGAAAACCAGGGCUAGCGUCGCGAGACGUCGGCUGUUUUCUCAGGCUGAUUAAAGGUAUACAUUAAGCUGCUGAAACACUUGCCUAAAGAUCCAUUUUUGCAUCAUCGCAUUUUUUGUUGCAGGUGGGAGCUACCAAGGUUGUGUUCGCGUACCAUUCUGAAGACCCAGAGUCAUCUACAGAGAUCAAAUACCAUGAGUUCAGAGGAGCUAAAACCAUCCUGCUGCUGAACAGUUUAGACAAAAGAAACAUCAGUGAGACUGGCUGGAAAAAAUACACUAUGACUACAAAGAAUGUAAGGGAGAAAAACAUUUCACGCGAACUCUUUUUCCAGCAUACCGUAUUUAUUCGAAUAGGCGCCCAAUCUCGAAUUAGCGCCCACCUCGAAUAAGCGCCCAUCCUAAAGGCGGAAAAAGUUAAUAAGCGCCCAGCCUCGAAUAAGCGCCCACUCCCACCCCACGCUACCUCCCGCCCACUCCCACUCAAACUCAAAUAAGCCUUACCAUUUACUGUUUUGUUGAAAAAUGUACAUACCACAGUUGUUGAAAAGGGUGAAAAUUUUAUAAGCGCCCACUCUCAAGGUUCAAGAAUUUAGUAAGGGCCCAGGGCGGUUAAUCGAAUAAAUACGGUACAUCUUGCUUUUAAAAAAAUGUAUGAAAUGGCUGCACAACCUGCCCCACCCCAGUGAAACAAUACACAAUGCCAGGGAAUAAGGGGCCGCGGAAGAGAAGGAUAAGGGUAGUUCAGUCUACAACCACUUCAAUUACCUUCUCAAUUCCUUGUUCUUAUUAGAACCAGCGAAAAUUUCUCACUAAAUACGUUUUUUUUGCACUAGAUAAGAAUCUAGUAGUUUUUAUCCUCGUCCACAACAGGAAAUAAUAUAGUCGGAAUAAUCAUAGCCCUGAGUAUCAGGCGUCUCUGGGGAAAAGGGGAAAGAUGGAAGCGAAAAGGGAGAGAAACGCCUGACACAGAUUCUUUUACUGGAGCCUUCCACCCCCACACAGCAUGAUUCGAUACCAUCCAAUCAAAAUCACUUCCGGUCAUUGAGUUGUCAGCUUCACGUGUCAAAAAGCUCUCCUAAAAUAAAUCUCACUUUACGUUCUGGCCGAGCUCCGGAGCUUGUGUUGCUACGAUUUCCCUUUUUUCUGAAACCUUCAAUGAGGAGUUUUCGAAUACUUGUAAUGUUAAACCUGCCGUUUUUGAGGAAUUAUACAUGUUUUAGGAAUUGUGCUAGUGUAAGAUCGCCAACGCUCUGUUUGUAAAUAAACGUGUGCCCGGAAAAUUGUAAAUUGCUUUUGUUUACAGAGUUACAUAAGGCGCUUGUCUGGCAGCUAAAAAGUUGAUGUUAUCCCUCGUUUCUCGGGUGGUUGAAAGGAGCUGCAAGACUAAAUAGGAAGGUGCUAUGGUGAAACACCUAUGCCUAGAAAUUAUCAAGCAGCAGCAAAUUCCACCACUUCACAGAGAGCUCGUGAAAGCUGUUACAAGUUCAAAAAGAAGUGAGAGCCUAUAGCAAAGUUCAACAGGGGCACCCAACGACAAUUUUCGGAAAAUUAUCUGUUCGGAAGACGAUUUGAGAUCUAGAAUUUUCGGAUCAUUUUUUGUAAAAUUUGUUGCUUGCCUGCCUCUCCUAGGAUUUUCGAACAUCUAAAAAAUGGUAUAAUUGCCCAUUUUAACGGAUUUUUACCCUAAAAAGGUCACCUAGAAUUUUCGGAAGCCUUGUUUCUGGCUGAAAUUUUCGAAAAGGUAAGGUUUGAUCCCUAUAAUUUUCGGAUCACUAGACUUUCAGCUAGGAAAUCCGAACAGAUGAAAAAUUUUUAGGGGAUAAAAAUAUGCCUUUAUCUACUGUUUAAAUACUAAAAUACGUUCAAAAAUGCCAUGUUUAUGUGGUUUUGAACUAUAUUCUCGUUGGGUGCCCCUGGUUCAAUCCCGUUGGCGAAAUAUGAUGGCGCCCGCUUGAGCUUAAGACAUUUCAAAAGUGAGAAAAUUUUGGAAGAGGAAGCGAACGAAUUCCAAUCACGUACACUAUCGUAACCGCCACAAGCAAAGUCAAGCGUUUUAAAAGCAUUGGUGCUGUCGGCUAUCUCAAUACAUGGCUGCCUCGCUCUAUUUUCAUUUACAGUAACAAUACCCUUUUAACGGCAGGAUGUUGUAAAUCAGAACUUAGAUAUCUGAAACACUAAUAUCGUCUUCUUUGUCCCGGUCUUGUGAAACCAAUACUCGGACAUAGUUUCGGCAGAAGCUGGUACAGUGAGGCUUUUCCAUACUCCGAGUACAUCUUCCCUUUAAACUACAAGGCCUUGAAAACACAAUUCUUGCUCGGGUUUUAUUUUUAUUCCAGGAAAGAAUUUGAGAGCGCCCUCUAGAGCCUUUUUGAAUUCCUCUCUACGUCUCUGUCCAUAAAAGUAUCACAUACUGGUAACAUGAAAUCAAAACAUCUAUGAAAAAUUUCAAUGGCUUCUCCUUGCCGAUCGCUCUUGCGGUCGGUGACGUCAGUGGGUAUUGUGUGUUAUCCAAUCACUGCCACAUCCAGAUUUUGGAUGUGUCACACGAUUUGCUGAAUGGUUUUGUGUCAGGCCUUCCUUUCUCUUCUCCCCCUCCCCCCUCCCCCAUCUAAAAUCUCCUCUCCCCUAGCCCCUUAGGAAGGCCUGAUACUCAGGCUAGAAUAAUCAUUGUAGGUGAAAGACGCAAAAAAAAAUGAUAUUGUAAAUGACACGGCAGAAGUACGAUACCGUGCUAUUUGUUCAGCGCUUUUAGCGCUGUAAACUGUCGGCGCGAUAUCAUUUUUUUUUGGAGUGAGUUACCAAAAACAAGCAAAAACAUAGAGCUGAGGCGAUGAAAAUUUUCAUUACUUGCACCCUAUGGAACCGCUGCAUAAAGACUGAAAAAUUCCAUAGAAUUGGGGCUAAAAUUAGAUCGAAGUCGCACAAAAGCGCCAAAAAGUCCCUGUAACUGUGUUAACGAAGAAAUUUAUCUUUGCCUCGAGAGCAGAAGCCAGUUUUUUCGAUACGGACUCAGCCAGGCGUACGAAAUAUAAGUAGCUACUGCUGGCAGGGUCAGUGUGCUCAGUAGCGCGCGUGAUCAAAAACAAAUCCGCGGGGGCUUUAUUGACCGCCAGCGCCGCUCUCGCUCUCGCUCGCUCGCCGAUCUUUUCGAAAAGAAAGAAGAGAAAAAAACGUCUUUGUACACGCAACGUCCUCAGGGAAGUUUAAAGAAACUGGUCUGUUCUCAACCUAGGACUGCCUGACAUUUAUCGAAGUUUUCUUUCUUUAUUAUUUCUUCUUCUAUCAGUUUUCGUUGAAUAGGACGUAGUUAUUGAUCAAGUUAUCCGUUGUCAUGCAUCCAUUAAUUUUACCUUAUGGGGUUUGGGAAUGAAAAGGUUCUUCAUUAUGAGGAAGAUAUUUUAAACGGAAGAUCAGUUUCCUAGCCAAUAACCUACACUUAAGCAAUAGAAAACGUUUCUUGAUAUGAACACGAGAGGGGUUGGGAGGAUUCUCAACAGUUAUGCAAACCCUCGACUUCGUCUCGGGUUUGCAUAACUGUCGAGAAUUCUCCCAACCCCUAGAGUGUUUAUAUCAGGAUAUGCAAACACAGGAAAAACGUUUUCUAUUGCUUUUAUAAAAUAACUUUCCCGAGGAACAAAGCAAAACUCUCUUGUUUAGAACAUUGAUUAAAAGAGAAAUUCUUAGCAGUCGCCAAGUCUUGUACACAAAGCUUGUACGCAUAAUCAGUCUUUGUUUUGCAAAAAAGAUACUUUCCAAAAUACGGGUUUUUCGCGCUUAAAAUGUCAGCUCAAGAAGCUUCAAAAGAGAAAAAAUUGACACGGCAUGUUUCUAAAGAUUUUUCAAGUUUCGACCGACGAGGAAAUGGGUAAAUAAAGUAAACUUGUCGAGUUUUCAACUCAAAACUUUUUCAAAUUCGUGCUUGCGUGAUUAGCUCGCGAAAAGCAAAACAUCUUGAUGUAACUAAAAAUACGUAAAUCGCAGGACCUCGCGAAGGACUUGGGGGGAACGGCAAGUAAAGCGGAGAAGAAAAUUUGUCAAUCAAAAAUUGUGAGCUAUAUACAGAAACAUGACAAAACUGUUAUACCUAAAAUGAAAACUAAAUGAAAAGAAAAAAAAGAAGGAAAGAAAAGAAAGGAAGCGAAGAGAAAAACGUACUGCCCAGAUUCGGACUCGGGCCCUUCGGUGCACCGGGCGAAAGCUUUACCAGUAGACCACGUGGAACACACGCACAAUUUCGUGGAAUUUUUAUUAUUAAAACCUUCGAGCCUUAUUAAACAUUGGUUCAAAGAUAUUUUUCAGAAGAAUGACUGCAGUUUGGACAGUGAAAACCCAACGUAAAUGCAUUUCAUCGCAUUUACAUGUAGAGUAUGGAAGCCCAACAGUCUAGGACGAUACGGUACAAACUCGUCUGCGAGCAAAACGUGUUUUGUUACCGCGAUGUUCGCUCAUGUUUAUAAGGCUAAUUAUCCAAAAUCGCUUCCAUUUGCUCUUAAAGAACUUUAGCUUUUGAAAUUCAUUGAGUGAUGUUCUCUCUGCUCCGCUGUUUGUUGCCACCAUCUCCAUCCAUCUUUGUUGCUUGCGCCGUUGAAUUUCAAGUCGGCGUUCUUCGCUCCAGAGGAUUUUUCGGUGUCAAAUCUUCCCCUGCGAAGAUUGACAAUUCGGCGUUCUUGUGUUUGCUGUUCUGUUUGCAUGAGAAAUGGCUUGAGAUUCACCGAUAGUAAACAUUGUUUUGCAGACGACGAAAACACAGCUCUUCAUGAGUGCUUUGGUCAUUGAUGGGAAUUUGAAAUUGCUUUCAGUCGAAUGUUGCCUAGAGACAAAAAUGCGCCGUGACGUCACUACUGUAUGACGUCAUGGCGGACACCAUCGGAUAUAUACAAGUAAAGAUGAAAGUUGCGACUUUGCAGCUCGCUAGGACCCACGCGCGGUUCACACACUGCGCGCGACGAGAUUAUAAACUCACUUCGCUCGGCGCUCCGCGCCUCGCUUCGCGAGGAAUUAUCGUAUGUUUUGUAGAAACUUGUGCGAGAAAAAUCAAAACAGCAGCAUUCGCAAUAAGCUUAUAAAAUGUUCCAUAGGUGAAUUACUCGUGAGUUUGAUUAGUUAUUCACCGAAAAACCUUCUCUCGAUGUCGAAAACUCUUACAUGUAUUCAAAGGAGGUGUAUCGACCCGAAUAUUGUCAAAAUUCCAACAGUAGGAACUCAGGCUGUCAGCAAAUCGAGUGAACAUGAAAAUAAUCGCGCAAAACAUUAAAAGAAGGAAUUAAUAACACGGGCAAAUAUAAAAACGAAAUUUAUGUUCUAGGCAUCAAUGGAUAAACUUGACUGAAGAAAAUAAAAUUUAAAACGGUUUGAAAUUGUGGGUUUUAAAACAAUUAUUAGCCAAACAGUUUUUUAAAGUUUGUUUUUGUUGUUUGUAACGUUUAAUACACUGGGAAACAUAUUUGAUGGCCAAGAAGCUGUGAUUUCGUCGUUUACAAUAAUUUGUUCGAACGCGUUGUUUUCAAGAAAAAAAUCGCGCAUAACCAAGAAGAUAAACUUACUGAUGCCUAUGCGUUUUCCUGCUAGCUGUCUAUUGUGUCACUAAUUGAUAAUUCUUACUGCAAUUUGUCUUGUCUAUAGGUAACCAUCCCUGCGAAAGAAACAACUUAUUGGUGUGCUCUGCUGAAAGGUCCAGAAUUAAAUUCCAAACACCACAUCACCAAGGUUGGUUAAUAGGACGUGAGUCCUGAUUUGUUGCAAGGUCUCAAUGAAAUCGCGAGGCAAAACUAAACGCUCCCGGUAUAUGAUGUAUAUAAACUUAUAUAUUAUAUAAAACAAGGACAUAGGACAAUUAAGGGGCCGAUUUUAUUUGACUUUUUAAAAUCUUACCAUUAGUCACAUCUACAGCCAAUAGCUCAUCAUUGUAGUUUUUAGGGAGAUUCCCUCAAACAAAAUUCAUCCUUGUUUGCCCAUAUUAAAAAAAGUGAAGGACAAAGACAAACUACAGCCAGGGUAAGAAAAAUCAACAGCAUGAUUUUCGUCAACACAAACUCAAAGGCAGUCAAGAGCGUCGGAACUCCGAAUUAGGAAUUUCAGUACAGUUUUCGUUCUCUGUAGAUCACCUUUUAUCGAUUUCAAUUUUCAGUUUGAGCCUUACAUACAGAAAGGAAACGAAGGAUUCGUACAUCAUUUCCUGUUAUACGAGUGCGAGGGUAACUUCGUCGAGAAAGAUUUUGAUAAGGGUGUCGACUGCGACGAUCUUCCCAAUAUGGCCUAUGCUAAGUGCAGGGACUCUAGUCUUGUAGCUGCCUGGGCGGUAGGAGGACAGGUAUGGACCUCUCUGUUCAAUUAAGCCAUAGCCAAACACGUCAAAUGUCAACUGAAACCUGGUAAUUUGAAAUGAGAUCGCCUGCAGGAAUAUUCCGUUAUUUAUCUUGAAGGACCGUGGGACACACGUCGAGAAAAAUAAUGAAUUAAUUUUGACUAGUUCCAUAAUAUGACAAUGGCGGAUCCAGGGGAGGGGGCCGGAGAGCCCGCCCCCCCCCCCUAUUUUUGGACCAAACUGAGGCCCAAAGGGCCGAAAAAGAUUUUUGUAAGACCGCUCUCCCUUAUCUCAGGGUCUGAAUGACCACCUCCCCCCGUUAUCGGACGGUCUGGAUCCGCCACUAUAUGAUAAUGUUAGUGAACUUUAUCGGUAGACUCGGCAAUGUAACUGGAGACACAUAGCUUUACAGCGGCAGUAUUAACUCAGUCGGUAGAGCGCUUAAUUGCACAAUGGGAGGUCGCGGUUACGAUUUCAGGGACCGGAUCAAUACUCCAGGUCUUAAAAUAACUGAGAAAUGAGUACUACCUUUGCCCUGCAAACGGGUAGACCUUGGCGUGGCUCGGAAGACCAUGUAAAAUGGUGGCUCCAUAAAAAUAGUGUCCCCAAUUAGUACUUUCAUGCUAAAUGCUUGACGCACAAAUAAUUUGACUUCACACUUCACGCAGUGGUGAGUUAACUGACCGUUACGACUCUAAACAGAAGCCUGAUCCGUAUCAGGCAUGAAGUCGGGGAUGCUUUUGAACGCCCCGUACAUACUGGCAUAACUAUAAAUAACUAUGUGAAGAUGAAAUAAUCAUGCUGAUUAUUUCAACUAAUAUAUCAUUAAAUGAGUAAAAUUAAAACUCUGCAGAAGAAAAAAAAAAAUAAAAAAAAUAAAACUGAAGUAGUUGUACUAUAGUUGAAAUAACAAAUUACUGUACGUGGAAUUUAACCCCUCAUAAUUGUUUAUUAUCGCCUUUUUCUUGUCUUGUCCCGCCUAGAUUAGCUUAAUAGCUAAACUGGAUGCGGCGUAUCCAAUUUUGUAUAACUUAAUCUUUUUGUUAAUGAAUAAAUUGUUGGGUUGUUUAUUGUUGAUUCUUUUCCUUCCCCGUUAUAUUGCAGGCUUUCUACUAUCCCCCACAUGCUGGUUUCCCGCUUGGAGAAAAAGAUUCUCCAAGGAAUUUUCUACUAGAAAUGCACUAUGAUAACCCAGGAAACAUCGUAGGUAUGAUAAGCUACUGACUGGUAUUUAAAAAAAAAAAAAAAAAAAAAAAAGGAAGAAGAAGAAAAAGAAAGAAAUACAAAAUAGAAUAGACAUAAUAUACAUAAUAUACAAUCUUUGCUAGUACACAAUGAUUUCUCUCUCACUGCGCCUUCUAAAACACGCGAAUUCUGAAUUUCAAAAGCCGCUUUCACAAUUGCUUUUUCGCUGCCGUCAAUUAUGAUUACCCUUCCCAAGCAACGAACCUUGAAACACAAAUUCACACAUGUACAAGAUAGAUCGAAAUCCACCAAUCACAAUUCACAAACCAUCACUUUUUGAACCCAUUAAAGUAAAGUUCUGUUUCCUAAAAUGUCCGCUAAGAUGAUUGACGCCAGCGAAAAACGCAAACGUCAGUUAGCUUUUGAACUUCGGAAUUCGCGUGUUUUUGAAAAGCGCAAUAACCAGACACCGUUUGGCGGCACCGUAAAUGUCCUAAUUGUAUGGCUAUUCCGCGAGCGCGCAAAAUAAAGUCGCUCGUGAGGCAGGAAGGUGUGACGAAGCCCUAAGAACGUCAUCGUGGGAGGCUACAAUUUCAGGGAUACAAUUAGUGCAAAUAAACGUUCUCAUUCGUUACCCAAGCGUGCAAGAUACACCCAUCUUUUCCAGGAUUUCCUACGCUGGUUCCUCAACAAAAAACGUUUUUCUCGAUCAUGUAAUAAAUGAAUUAUUGGCCAAGCUUGUUUAAUAAAGGUGGCUGGAUUAGCGGGUCAUAUCGUCUCAGUCCUUGAAAGCGAAAACAGAGAAACAAAAACAUCUAAGAAAUAAAAAACAUAACAGUUAAAAAAAGAAACAAUAAAAACAAUUAAAAACAACGUCAACAGUGAGUGAAUAAAAAACUACCGUAAAAUUCCGAAAAUAAGCCUCUCCAUGUAUAAGCCCCUCCAAAUAUAAGCCCCCCAAAAUCGUAACGCAAAAAACCCUCCGUUAAAUCGCCCCUUGUACUUGGAAUUUGCCGGUCGCCUCUUGCCGGCUUGUACUUGGAAUUUGCCCUCGAAUACAAAGUAAAACAAAGCAAAAAUGGUAAUUUUCCUUCCCACUACACGCUAGCCCAAUCGAUUUUGAAACGCAAUUUUCCCUCCGUACAUAAGCCCCUCCGAAUAUAAGCCCCUUCAAAAAUAAGCCCCUCAAAAAGGGCCUUUGAAAACUAUAAGCUCCGGGGCUUAUUUUCGGAAUUUUACGGUAUAUAAAGAAUUCGGUAUUGUGUUAAUUACUGAGACAUUCGUCAUUAUACCAGCCUUUUAAUCUUUUCAAAGUGUCAAAAUGGUAAAAUUUGCCUCUGCAUAUCGGGAAAUGACAUCAAAAAUGUAAAUGACGUCGGGGCUAUCAGUAAAAAUUCAAUUAAGAUAAGGAUAUGACGUGAAUUUGAGUAGAAUACUGAUUCGCCCCAUGUCUUAUUACAAAGAUAAUAGUCUUGGAUUCUGGAUUCCACUCACUGGAUUCCAGAUUCUUGAUCCUGCCUAUUCUUAAUUUCUUGUCAGUGGAACCGGAUUUUAAUCGUUAACAAUAAACAAAUAAAUAAAUAAGAAAUAAAUGAAAAUAAAAUAAAAGAAGAAGAAGAAGAAGAAGACUUAGGGAUCCGGAUACACCUACACUUGGCGAACACAAAACGUAGAAAUUAUGCUGACGUACACACAGAAGAACUGAAAGUGAAGAAUGAUCAUCGCAGUGAAUUUUCCAAUUUAAGCAAUUGGAAAGAAGAAGCCUGAAAAAAAAUCAGGGCUUCAACGGGAUUCGAACCCGUCGAUUUUUCAGGCUUCUUUCCAAUUGCUUAAAUUGGAAAAUUCACUGCGAUGAUCAUUCUUCACUUUCAUCUACAACCGCAGUUCAAAUAUGAAUUAUUUCAUAUACUUCACAUCAUUUCACUCCUCACGGGAGAUAUGAACUCAAUAAAUUGACCUCGCUCCCAAUGUGUGGCUUCAUAGCCCAGUUGGUAGAGCAACGCACUGGCAACGCGGAGGUCACGGGUUCGAAUCCCGUUGAAGCCCUGAUUUUUUUCAGGCUUCUUCUUUCCAAUUGCUUAAAUUGGAAAAUUCACUGCGACGAUCAUUCUUCACUUUCAUCUACAACCGCAGUUCAAAUAUGAAUUAUUUCAUAUACUUCACAUCACACAGAAGAACUAUAAAACAGGACGCCUGUCUUUCAUUAUUUCAGGUCAAGAGGAUAGCUCUGGUGUUACACUUUACUACACCGAUGAGCUUCGUGAGUACGACAGUGGAAUUGUCAGCGUGGGUAGGAAGGUAGAUGAGUGGUUUAUUAUCCCACCUAAACGGAAGAACUGGAUGACUAUCGGUUACUGUACCCAUGAGUGUAGUGAGGUAUAUUAGAAGAGAAUUAUAUAUACUGUUAUGGCAAUACAACUGAAAAAUAUGAAAGGAAAUUUUAUAAUAAUCAAUGAGCAAACGAAAUUGAAGAAUUGCCUUUUUUGCUUUGGGUAAAUAUAAUUUAAUUUACUUGUUAUCUUUUCAUAUAACGUUUGGGUUCUAUUUUAUCUUUCGUGAGAAUUUCGUCUUAGUCACGGAAAGUUCGUUUACGUCUGUUUUGCAACACCUUAAUGCUUGUUUACAACAAGUGUUUUGUCUCAUUCUAAGGGUUAUAAAAAUGGAAACUCAGGAUACUACAUGUACUAAUUGGUACAGUCCAUAGAGCCCGGUUGCAACCCAUUUGACUCUUCAGGUUUUGAUAGGGUAAAUUUCCGCUGUCGGGAAAUUUAAAGUGGGUGAAUAAAAUGAAGGCAACGUAUGGAAGGUCGCGCGAAAACGUAAAAGUUGAUACGCGCUCAACUUUGACGUUUACGCUUGACACAUUUCCUCUAUCGUAUUUACGGGCGUAACAAAUUUAGGCACUCUCGUAAGAGUACUCGACAGUGGAAAUUCACCUAAUAACAAACCAAAAAUAACGGCAUAGAUUACACCGUAGGUGAAGGAGUUCUAACAAGUGUCGUUCAUCUUCAGUCCAGUCUUAAAUCGACAAACUUACCAGGAGGAGGAAUCAACGUAUUUGCUGGUUUACUGCACACCCACCUGGCAGGUAAGUAAUACAAUAGGAAGUUUAUUCUUCAGUAACUAUGCACACCCGCAUGUUCCUUGUUACCCACUGAAUUUGCUCUAUUGGCCGGUUUAGGGCACCAGUCUGCAGAUUUUUGUUUUGGUGUAACGUAUGACGUAGAUAUUAGCACAAACACAUUUAACAAAAAGGCCUUUGCGCCUUCUGACGCAAAGAGAUACAAGGAUAUAACGACCAAAUUUAACGUAAAGAAGCGGCUUGUAUUGUCAUCCUGGUGUAUUCUUUCUACGAUGCAACGACGCCAGUAUAAGAGAGAGACUGACAAAGCAACAACAACAACAACAACAACAAAUAAGAAACAAACAAAACACGAAGCCUUAAAUGUUUCUUCAUAUGGAGUACAGCAUUUUUGCAGAACAAAAACUUGUCCUAUUUUGAUAUUUUCCAAGGGAGGGAAUGAGACAGGAGUUUCAGUUUUGUCUGACGAUAGACUGACUUUUUUUGCUUUUUUUUUGCGUUAAUCGUUUUGUUUUUGCUUGUACCUGUUGUGGUAGGUCGUGCUAUCUGGACCAAACAUGUUCGAAACGGGAAAGAACUCCCUGAGAUUGGACGGGAUAACAAUUACGACUUCAAUUUUCAGGUUUGAUUAUGUUCGUUUAAAAUAUACAAAGCCGUUUGUCUUAUGCAGUGAAACAUGCCAUCUUUUCUUAGUCCUUGAGACUGUCCCAAGAAUACCAAAGAGCGUUAAGAUAUGCUUAUAGUAAUGGAUUUGCUGAUCUUACACUUUGCUUUACAGGACAUACAAGUUUUUAGAAAGGAAAUCAAUAUUCAGCCAGUGAGUAACAGUAGUUUCGGUUACUGUUCUAUUUGAUCAUUGUCUUUAUCUAUGUUGUUAGAUUAUGACUGCCCUCUAUGCUCAAUUUCUGAUGCUCUAAUCCUCCGACAUUCCUUCCCGAGCUUCACGGAAAUAUACUCGGAGUCAUUUCCGUCGCAGAGGUUGCUAAUCGAACCCGUGUCUUUAUCAGCGUCGUUUUUGAAAUCAGGAAAAUUGAAUUUCAGUCAUUUUCAUCCGGAAAAAGGAUUUUAACAUAUCAAAAGUUACCAUGGGUAGCUGGGUGGAUUAGCGGGUGAAUGCUGUUACAGUAGCACUUUGGCGGCGUUGCCACUAGGAAGGACAAAUUUCAGGACAAAUUUCAGCUCACUGCUCCUCUUCUAAGAUAAAAAAUACUCAUUUACGUCUUUUUCGUCCGGACCAAGGACCACGUACUGUAUUGUUAGGUCGUUGUUAGGCAUAACGCGUCAAUUCAUUUGCGAAUAAAAUCCGACUGAUUUUGAAAAAAACAUUUUCUAAUAUUCUAUAAAUCCUAACAUUGCUAGCAUAGGGUCUAUAUGGGCCGGGGAUUAACUCUCUUGCCCCUUUACCCUCUUUUGUAGCAUGUCAUAUAAAAUGGCUGCAGCAAAAUUAGGGUGAGAUGAAUACGACUAAUUCAGAGGAAAUUUUAGUCUACUUUAAUCCUUUGAUAACCAAGGCCUGUACAGAGUGUAAAAACCUUUCCCUUUUUUAAUACACUAUAUCCCGUGCCUGAUUGAUCAUUUUCUGUAAUGUAUAACAGACUGUUUAUGGCUGAUGUCAAAAAUUUUCCUUCUUUUUGACCAAAGCGCGCACAGAGGUGAAGGUUUUUACGCUAUUAGUUCUGACUGAGUAAAUGAAGGCUUUGAAUAGUGAAAGGGUAACUAGGUAGUUGCAGGAAUAAGAGACGAAAAUAUCUUUUGGCGGUUUUAAGAAAUACCUAAAUAGGACCGAAUAAGACUUCGAAAAGUCUAACCGCGCGUCAAGGCUUGUUUUUGACGGUGCAUGGACUAGCCUACGCUGGAAGUUUAAUUGCAUGUUAAACUGCCAUGGCUAGCAAAUCUAUCGAAGAUAAAGUUGAUUAGCAAAGUACAAUAAGCUGUGUACCAGCUUUUAUAAAAGAGGAGAGCCCUUAGGCUUAGUUUAUUUGUCCUGGGUAUAAGUGUCACCCGCCUACCGGCCAAGCUACCCUGGGCAAGUCUUCUUUUCGUUUCCUCACAAAACGUGUCAAACCGUUUAGAAUCCAUGAAAAGAAAAAAAAAAAACGUUGGCUCGGCUUGGAAGUUGACGCGCCUACCUUAUUGGCAUAUAAUUUCGCGAUUUUGGUGAAAAAUUAUUUCGCGGGGUUUUACUUUCGCGAUUUCAACAGCCAAAUAUGAAAAAAGAGCAUUAAAUUUCGCGAUUUCGCGUUCUCGACGUCAUUUUAAGUCUGAAGUUUUAAGCAAUUUCUAGAUAAACUGGAACAAGCAAUGUGGAAAAUCUUUGCAAAUUAAGUAAACGUCAUUAAAAAAAAUCGAGCGUAGCAGUAAAACCAGUAAACAAUUUGUGUAUUUUUCGAUACGUAUCUUGUAUAUGUUAUUACUAUGUAAAUAAUUUUUUCUGUGUUUUUAAUUUUCUACGUGGGAAUUAAAUUUUGUGUGCUUUAAUUUCGCGAGGAUCUAUUUUCGCGGGUCUUUAAUCUCACGAAUUUAUUACAAUCGCAAAAACGUGAAAUUAAGAGGCCACCGAAACUAAGUACCAAUAAUCAAGGUAUUCUGUUCCUUUUUUAUGAUUGCAUUCUAAUAUUUUUUUACUUGUUUCUAGGGAGAUGACUUGAUCCAUUAUUGCAAGUACGAUUCAAUGGAUCGCAAUAAACUAAUCUAUGUAAGUCUUACAUGCCAUGUUAUGUGUAUGUCUUACUUAACAUAUUUCGCUUGGGAAGAAACAGCCGCCCAGUGCCAUUCUAAUUAUAUUAAAUUUUCCAUGUAGUCUAAGAUAGCAACGACGACGAAAAAGUGCUGUUUGGCAUUAAGGGGUCGUCACGGUUGUCAACUACGGGGCUUUGUGCUCUAUGGAAACUUGGUAAUUACAUGUACUUGUGAAUGACAAAAUUCCAGCUUCGUGUCAUCAAAGCAAAUUGUCUUCUAAGCAUUAUAUCGAACCAUAUCACACGUUACAAACGACAGAAAUGAACUUUGAAAAACUAGUUAGGCUAACAAGUUUUCAAAAACCAUUAGUUCAUUCUGUUUCAAUCUUCUUCAAGUUUUUCCGUCCGUAUGUCCUUUUUUAUACCAUGCCUUAGAAAAUACAGCUAAUCAGAAUACAGAAGAGCCGUUGCAUAUUCGACGGUCAGUUACACUCAAUCUUCCUAUCGUGCGCUGCGACCUUAAUCCCGCCAAAAUUUUGUAAGCAGCGACAUUUCUAGUUUAUUUCAAGUGUUAUUUGAGCCGUUAUUAUAUCUAUCACUCGCAUGAGUCACUUUAUUCUAUCCCCGGUUUAUUAUUAUUCCUUUAUCCAGGGUGGAAUUUCAAGUAGAGAUGAGAUGUGCUUGAACUUCAUGUUCUAUUACCCACGUAUAACAAACGGCGGCUUCAGAAAGUGUCAGAGUAUCCAUUUUGAUUCUUCUUAUAAACUCAUCGAUAAGUAUUUGUAAGUAUUACAUUUUUUCAGCCAAGUUGUGUUCAUUUUAUACAGGAACGUUUCUGCACCCCAUUUAAGGGGGCUUAUAUAUACGAAGUGACAGCAACGGCGACAGCAGGACUAUGACGUAAAUUUUCCUGAUGGAAACAAGCAAAACAACAACUAUUCACCUACACCUCAAUUUUCUUGAAUGUAAUGUUUUUGUAGUUUUCCGCUUUUUUACGACAUGAUUUUUUUCUAAUGGGGCAUUGUAUGUAUUUGGGUACUGUCCAGUUCUGAAGAUUUUGCCUAAAGUUGAGAAAUUCAGGAAGUUGGAAUGAAAGCAGUGACGUUUUCUGAUUAUGGGAUCCAAUUAACGUUUUAAGAGAAUCUAAUGUUUUUGCGUCCGUCUCCGCCCCUAAUAAGAAUAGAAGAGGAUUUAAAUUGCUUAGAAAAUCAACAAAUUUUUUAAAGGUGGAUGCGUUUGUGAGAACUGAUUUUUUUUUCCCAGAUACAAGUUUAGAUCCAAAUUGGUGUUUUCUGCCAAUCUUGGACGUUAUAUGCGUUCCGAUCAGUGUGUGUCUGUGUUUUUUUGUUUUUUUAGUCAUCUUAGUUUGUGUAAGCUUUGUGUCAGAUUGAUCGAUCGUACAUGGCUAUGCUUCAUGACCUCUGGUUAAGAUAAUGCUCAUGAAAAGGAUAUAAUGCUCAGACUUCGUUUUACAAACUUGGCACAAGCAAGACAUGUAUAGGAUCUUGAAGAUGGCAAUAAAUAGAUGGGUUUUUCAGGGUCUCCGCCCGAAAUGUCGAAACUUAAAUAAUCAUAAAACAUUCUCAAACCUAUUAUGAAUUUUACAAUGGCCUAUUUUUUUGUGUGGAUUGUAGUAUUUCAUUAAAACGAUUUAAAGUCGCUCGUUCUUGAGAAUGUGUUAGGAAGUUGGAUCAGUAAACACCAAUACAAAGGAAGGGUGGGGGUUAGGUCACCGUGCGCAUUUCAUUGCAACAACUGACGACAAAGGUUGAAUGAUCAUUUUACGCGAAGGGACUGGGACAAGAUUCGAGACCAGCACCUUUUAUAAACGGAAGAUUUUAUCAUCGUCAUUCUUGAACUAUAAUAGUGGCUAGUGUUUCCUCUUUUCGCUUUUGAUGUGAAAAUGCGUUUUAUUUGCAUUAGAAUAAAAAAUGAAAAAUAUUUUUCAUAUUAUUUUACUGGCUUCGUACUUAACCUCGCUUUAACACAGAGGUAUGGGCAACUCGGCAAUGGCCUAUAUAUUUUUAGUGGUAUAUUAUUAUUUAUUAUACAUCAGAAUCACUAUGAAAAAUCUGAUUGGUCGAGAGCAUUCAAUCAAUUCACAAUAGCUUGUGAACUUGACAUGAUAAAUGCAAUAUCUGCUGCAGAUAUUGCAUUUAUCAUGUCAAGUUCAACGUCUUCCUGGUUACCAAGCCCCUUGGAGUGUUCUCCUCAGAAACAGAAUGGCUGAAUGUCUUCUUUUGCCUAUUGUUUAAAAAAUGUAUAAUAAAGCAAUUAUUGAAUUCGGUUUUCGCAUGAUAUCAUGAGUUAUCAAAACCUCGUGUCUGUAUCAUCUGCCUCAGCCUUCGGCUUCGGCAGAUAACACAGACCUCGGUUUUGAUAAUUCAUGAUAUCAUGCUCAACCUCAUCCAAUAAUUGUUUAAUAUUUUUCCUCAUGUUCUUUUCGUUUUAAAGCGACAAGGCGAACGUCACCUCAUGGAUGCACAAUCCUCUUGUCAAUAUGACCAUUGAUUGGACUGAUGAAAUGGCCUCUGACUUUAAAAAGUACGAAAGUGAAGUGAAAAACGUUUUCCCGAGAUGUCGCCUUUCCAAGGAUACGACAGUGGAGGUAAAUUUAAUAUACUUUGAUCAUGAAAUUUUCAAGUCUUGUCAUGAUCAUGUAGUCCACUCGGGAAUGGCCUUAUUUAGUGUAAAGGUUACCGUAUCUCUUCUCGUAAGCGUCUCACUACACGGGUUGAAAUUAAUUAACGAAUACCUUCGGUUUGCUCUGGGUUUGCCAAUAAUUUUUUUUUUUGACUUGUUUUAUUUAUUUCACCUUUGAUUUUUCAUUUAUUAUUUUUACCAUUAAGUGUGUAUGCGGUAUUAGAUUUUUCUGUGGGUAAAAUAGUUAUAAAAUAAUGAACAAGCAAAAACGAAAGGUAAAAUUACGACUAUCACAAAGUACCCCUGUCAAUAAAACUGAUAAAAGCGGAGACUCUUCGUAGACUGUAAAGAAAUUAUGGCAAUGUUGGUCUAUUGACACAUCAGCAAAUUCGGCUUUAAAUCGCCAGUAUGGAACCAAACCCUGGCAUUGCUUAUUGUGUCACCUAUUUUUACUUUGAAAGAUGAUUAAGGUACAAUCUACACAGGACGAGAAAGUCUUCUGACUCCCGUGCCGUGCUUUUGACAACUACAAAUCUCUCUCUUUCUUCUUCUUGUCGCUGAUUUUAAUCAUGUUUCUCCACGUUUUUAAAACAGCUUUAUUUUAUUUCAUUUUUUAAUCAUCAUUUUUUUAAUUCACAGAUUUAUACGUUUUUUUUCUUCUUCUUCUUACCAGGACACGAAGAAUCCCAAAUUGCUUGUACCAGUACCAAAGAUCACUGAACCCCUCCCUCCCAAGAAGUCAAAUUGUCGCGAGAAACCAGAUGAUAGUGCCGCAAGUGAGCGCCUCCUUGCUUCAACGUUUGCGCUCUUCUUCGGGAGUUUGUGCGUUGUUGUGGCUGCCAUUGUCUAA